AUGAGUUCUAACAAUUCCCUGCGGGAUAUAGAUGAGAACUGCGGCAUGAACUUCCCGAGUAAACUGAGAGUUGCAGCUAGACAAUUAUCACCAAUUUUUUUCAUGAAGAGAUUGAAAAAAGGAGCCACUGUUUCUGGUGUUGAAGGUGAGUUGCUGAAAGUUCUUUCUCAACAGCUUAAUUUCUCUUACGAAAUUGUGAAACCAGCGGAUAAAAACUGGGGUUCCCUUGAUGGACAUGGGAAUUGGACUGGCGUCAUGGGAAUGCUUCUUCGAGGCGAGGCGGACAUGGGCUUGUCCCAUUUUUCCAUAACAGAGGAGAGAGUCCGAGUGGUCGACUUCAGUUUUCCUUACGAUAUUUUGGAUAGAACAUUUGCAACAGCUCAACCGGGAGCCUUUCCAAAGAUGGCCUCUUUCACUUAUCCAUUCAAUACAAAUGUUUGGAUAUUUAUCUUCUGUUUGAUAGCAAUGGCUCCCUUGCUAUUCCGUGCCUUGAUAUUCAAGAAGCGAUCGGUUUCCAGUGUUUACAUCAUGAUACUUGGAAGUAUGCUCAAACAACCGAUCAAUGACUCCGAACAGUCUUGCAUGCGAAGAUUGGUAUAUGGCAUAUGGAUAGUCUCAAUGACUUUCAUGUACUUUGCUUACAGCGGUGUUCUUUUAUCUUACCUCACGAUACCAUGGCAGAGGAAAGGCAUACAAACUAUCAAGGAACUUGCUGAUGCCCUAGCUGCAAGGACCCAUAAAUGUCUGGCUCCUAAAGGAACAAUAGACAUAGAGAUUCUUCUGAAUAGCACUUUUGAUUAUUAUAAAGAAAUAGGUAACAUUAUCCAGCAGAAUAACUGGUUUUAUGAUCCAGAUGACAUGAAGAAUCAGGUUUUGGAUGACGGCAAAGCUUUGAUUGGACCUCGGAGUUUGUUACACGCUCAUUUUGGAUACGAACCUUUUACUAUCAGUUCAGUGUCAAGCGACUCUUUUGGUGUUUGGAACAUAGCUAUCGCAUUGAGGAAGGAUUUUUGUUGCAUAAAACAGUUAAAUCAUGCAAUUCUCAGGACAUUAUCGGUAGGAUUAUAUGACAAAUGGUGGAAAGAUGUGUAUCUAUCCAAUUUAAAACUGAUGUUAAAAUUGCGGCCCAACGAUAAUAAUACUCCACUUCCACUUGGAGACUUUUAUGGCGUUUUCAUAUUGCUUUUUGUUGGUUACGCUUUGGCAUUUGUAGUGUUUUUCUUAGAAAUUUAUGCACAUUAUUUCAAGAAAAUGGAUGCUGAAAAGAACAGAUUAGUGGAAUCAGAGGAAAUUACUCUGGAAUUGCAAUCGGAAUAA